AUGAAUGACCCGCGGAAGGAGUAUAUCGUUCAAUGCAUCAUCAGUGUGCUGAAUAUACCACGCAAUGAGUUUCGAAGCAACACGACCUCCAAUACAUGCUUGGAGAAGUUCUUGGACCAUCCAAACGAGAAGGUUCUCCAGGCGGUGGAGAAUGAUUCCAGUGACACGUCGAAACGCACUGUAACUUUGCAGCUGGGCUUUUCCUCCUACAUGGAGGGGGUUCCAGAGAUGCAUUUCAUCAAGACUUCCUAUGAGCCAUUGACAGAAGGUAACAUCCCCAGACUCGUCAUGAUAUCGUCAUUGCGAAUGUCCCCGGUGCGGAGUCUCUUCUACAACGUGCGCGAAGUCUUCAUGCCGCUUUUGGUGGAGAGUGGCAAAGAGGCGGACGGCCUGGAGGGGCGCUUGACGGACUGCUUGGUGGAGCUGGACGCGGGGCUCAACGCCUCCCUGCGCCGGGGCCUGCGGAAUCGCAACGUGGGGGACUUCGAGGAUUCGGACGUGUCCGGCAUCGUCACACCCAUCGACGAGGUGCGGUUCUGGGAGGAGCUGAAGAAUGCGACCGGGGUGGGUGAUUCGGCGGUGGACCGCGCCACGAAGUUCUCGGAAGCCUUGUCCCCCAUUGCCUCGGACUUGGAGGAGAUGUCCAAAAAGACCUUCGCGCAACUCCUGGAGUUCACGGACAACGUGAUGGAGGCAGUGGAUGGUUUGUGGCAGAGUGAGGCCACCCCGGCAUAUCCUGCGGCACGAAUGCUGCACUUCUUGAGGAUUCUGUCUGGCGCCUUCGGGCGCUGUGUGCAGUCCCGGCUCAACAGCCUGAACGUGUGGACCUCCUCCUUCUCGCAAGUGUCUAAGCACAUUCGCGAGGGGCACAAAGUCUGCGAGCGAUGGAACGAGAUUACGCUGGAUCUCACAGAUGUGCAGUGGCGAUCCACUGAGAAUACGUGGGAGGGGGAGGCGUACAAGGACCAUUUCCUCAGCAACCUGGCGACCCGCAUCCAGGAGGUGAGCCAGCUGCGGGGCCAGCACGAUCAGAUCCUGAAGCUGCUGAGCGAGGAGGAGCUCAAGGCCAUGCAGGUGGAGAGCUGCUUCGAGCCCUUCGCCAAGCUGUCGGCCUUCAGCUACAACGAGUACACCGUCCCCGCCUGGCUCUCCGCGCUCGGCGACUAUGAGGCCCGCAUGGCGCCCAUCGAGGCGCGAGUGGCGGAGCGCCUCAGGGCGGAGCUCUUUGCGAAGACGUCCAACCCCGCGCAGACGGUGCGGGUCUUCCAAAGGUAUCAAGAUCUGCUGGAGAGGAAGAACAUCCGGGAGUCCCUGACCAACGAGCGGGAGCGGCUCUUGACGGAGCUGGACGACUUCCUGGGGCGCGUGCAGUCGGAGCUGGAAACCUUCGACCCCAACAACCUCCCGGCCGGCAGAGGAAUGAGCCUGCAUGCCCGCAAGAUGGUCUGGGUGGAGCACUUCCGCAGUAAGGCGGAUUUGGCCGCCCGGCCCCUGGCGGGCUUCCUCAAGGACCUGCACUCUGCAGGCAAGGUGAGCGGCACCUACCGCAAGGUCCGAGCCGAGCUGAAGGAGUAUCGGAACAAGGCAUACAAGGACUGGUGCGAGGAGGUAGAGAGUCAGCUCCGGGACCCCGAGGACCCCAUCGCCCUGGAGAUGAAUUCCCGCGUCAUGGACUUCGACACCGCUCAGCAGGGCGCCCUCAAGAUCACCUACUCGGAGCGACUCAUCGAGCUGGUGAAGGAGGCCCGGGUCUUCGAGCAGAUGGGCUGCAACAUCCCCAGCAAGGUCAAGGCGGCGGUGCAGGACGGGCUGAAGUUCUACCGCUUCGCGGUGCAGCUGAAGCAGGUCUGCAACUUCUACAACACCUUGUCGGCGGAGCUGCUGCCCUCGCAGAAGCUGAUGGUGCUGCAGCCAGCUUUGGCCUUCGAGCAGCUCUUCAACGAGAAGAGCGGCAUGAAGAAGGUCCAGUGGAACAAGCUGGAUCAAUUGGAGUCCUUCACCCGCCACGUCAAGGAGGGUGCAGAGCGCCUGCGCGGGGUGAACCGGCGCCUGCGCAACGGCCAUAGCCAGGUGUCACAAGAGGUGAUCCAACUGGCCAACAUCAGCCUACUGCGCCAGCGCGAUCAGUGGAAGCAGAAGCUGACACAGAUCCAGAAGGCCAUCGAUGCCACCAUCGGCGCCUGCGGGUGCCAAGUGGCAGAUGCCAAGCCAUGGAAGUCCCACUGGGACUAUCAGAUCUUCAAAAUCAUGGAGGUACAGUACCGCUUUGGUCUGGAGAGCCUCAAUGAGAACUUGCCCGAGAUGAAGGCGGACUUGAUCCUGGCGCAGAAGCAGCUGAAAUUGAAGCCACCGUUGGAAGAGCUCAAGACGUUGUACUUCAAGGAGGAUCAAGUCCUUCAUCUCCCUACCUUUACAAUUCAAGGGCCUGGAGGGUGCUGCCCACGUGUACAAGGUCAUGCCGGACCGGAACGCGGAGGGGAUCGCGGUGGUUUUCCAGAAGGCGAACGACUUGUUCGUGAAGGUGCACCAGCUGCAGAACUCCUUCGCCCCAUGGCUGGUGGUGGGCAUGAUGCCAGAGAGGGUCCAGGAGUUGGUGGAUGA